AUGAAUACGGUUGCUACACUUUUCAAUAACUAUCACAUCGACCGAAACGACGCUAAUAUUAAUACAAAUGCAGAUAUAGCUCCAAUAGAAUGUGAACGAAAUGUAUGUCAACAAGAAUUGUAUAGAUUAAAAUAUGGACUUGAGAAUUUGUUGAACAACAAAGGUUACAAUAGUAUUAAACUACAAAGUACAAAUUGGAUAGAUCAAUGUUGGUCGUGUUGUCGUCGCUGUACCAAGAAUAGAAACUAUAACAAGUCAUGCAUAAAUAAAUAUCGUCAUGCUAAUCAUUCGAUAGUGCGAUCUUCAUUCGAUGAUGAUUCCCUUGUUUUGAAGUCUUCACUACGUCACAUCGGUCGGAAACAAUACGAUUUACAACAAAACAUUUCGAAUUUUCAGACAAACAAAGCUACUCCUAUGGAUUUAUCAUGCAAAUCAGUACUUUUCAGAAUUCUUCAAGCAAAAAUAUUAGAUUGUCUUUUCCGUGGUCAAAAAUUUGCUGAAAAUAAAUCGAAUUCUAUAGGUAUUGCACCAUUAUUGAGCAACUACGGUUCAUCAUCUGCUUCUUCAAUGUUCACUGAUAAGAAAUCGUUGUCUUCUUAUUUCGGUCUAUCACACCGAUCAAAUAUCGACACCAUGUCAUCCUUAAAAUCAAGUUCAAUAGCUGCAUUUCCUCAUGAAAAACUUUCAUCUAAUGGCGACGAUAUUUUAUCCCAAUCAAGUACUAAAAAAGGUAAAAUAUGA